AUGGGUGUUUAUAACUCUCCGGAAGGUCAUCUGCUGGUAAAGCAGAUUUUGGGUCAGAACCAACCUCCCAUUGUUCCCCAUGACUAUCAAACCGAGGGUGUAUGCGCCUGCUUGGAUGGCGAAUCACUUCUAGCAACUCUCCCCACCGGUGCCGGAAAGACUUCGUACUACAGCUUCACUAUGCUGGUGAUGAUAGCCCUCUCCAAGGCCCCGGAACUGGCACUCGAAGGGAAGGGAUUUCCAAAGAACCCGGCGAUGCUUGUUAUUCUCCCAACCAAGGCGUUACAAGAAGAUAUGAGAAAGGGACUUACCAAGUUGGGACUUGAUGCAGUGGUAAUUAAUGGAGACACUGUGGCCGACGCCUCCAAACAACGAGUGGAUCUGUGGAAAGAAUGUCAGAAGAAACACUCCAUGAUUCUCAUUUCGCCAGAGGAGCUCAUUAGCAACGCUUUUCGAACCCUUCUUGCCUCUCCCGACUUUGCAGCGCGCCUGUGCCGGUAUGGCAUUGACGAAGCCCAUUUGAUCGUCAACUGGGGCAAAACAGGCUUCCGAAACGCCUUCAUGGAGCUUGGACAUAUGCGAAGCCGUUUGCCACUUGUCAACAAUCAUUUGAUGCCGGUUAUUGUAACCUCUGCAACGAUUCGACCUGGAGAACCGAUGGACACCAUCUGUAAUGUUCUGGGACUUACUGCUGGAGAUUACCACCUCAUUCGACGUUCCAAUCUGCGACCUGACAUCAAAAUCAUAAUUCGCGAGCUCUCUUCCUCCCUUUCGGGUCUCUCAUUCCCUGAACUCGACUGGAUCUUGGAACAAAAUAACACAGUAAUCUUCUGCCGGACAAUUGGAAUAGGAUUCCGUGUGGCUGCCUAUCUGUGGAGAACUGCCAUUACCAAACGUCUCCCUCGCUUGGGAUUUUGGUUCUCGCAGUUGACCGAUAGGCGUGAUUUUCGCUUCCCUGUCGACUGUGGGGGCUGGCCCCAUCCAGAGUAA